GCUUAACCCACAGAUAGCCACAGAAUGCCAGGGGCACUUCCCCCUUCUCGUCCUCCGUUUUUCAUGGCGAAGACGGACGAUUUCCUCUCUGGCUCGCGGGAUCGGCUGAGUUGCUCGGGCAGAUUGGAGCUCCUUUAUGGAGAUGCACUGAGCCAAAGUAAAGCAACCCUUCAAGAAGAGGCCUUGAGGCGGGAAUCCACUGACUCUGUCAGUGGGUCAUGCGACUUGGAGGUGCAGGAGUUUCAGAAGUGCCUGGAAGAGGGCUUGAAGCCGCGGCAAAGUCGCUAUGAGAGAACUAUGGAUCAAAUUCGUGCGGAAAAGAUCUCCUACCAGCAGAUCAGCAGAGCCUUACCAGCUCCCCACCCCAUUGAUUUCUUUUCCAAGGUGAAUCCGGACUGCUUCCACGUGGAUGGUCAGCCUGUCCGCCAGCCGCGUUGGCAUCCUCCACGUCAUGGAGAUGCCCGGCGCCGGCCGCAUGUGCCGUUGGAGCGGGAUUUCGACUCUCCGUCCGAGUCCGAGGACGAGGAUGGCGAGGAUGAGGCGGUAAAUCAGCCUUACCGAGUUGAGAGUCAAAGAGCUGCAGAAGCGAACAUGGGAGCGCAGGCUCAAUUGCAAGAAAGACCUGCAGAUGGCCUGCCCGCGUUGCCGAUUUCAUGGCCCUGCGGCCCGCACUGCUGCAUUGAUCACUGCCGGACUCUUGCUCAGGGCUGCUCCACUUUGCUUGAAGGUCUAAGUAGUUGGCGUGCAGCCACAGUGGAGCUGAAGCAGUCCCGCCGUGGCCUGUGCCAAGUGAAGGAUGAAGAUGCGGUGGUGGAAAAGUUACGUGAAGUGAGAGAAUGUCAGCUCGCUAUGGGCACAAAGUACCAACCAUCGAUGCGCACUUGGCAGCGUGCCUCGUAGAUGGAAGAUGAUUUUACGACAGCUCGUCCGCCGCAGGGCAGGUGGUGAGCUCAAGUGGAACACAAAUGGACAUCUACCAGCCAGCCUUUUCAGAUUGUUCAGCACAAAAUGCUGGUGGAGGCUUCCCCCAAGCAAGUGUACAGGUGCCUUUCCAUGUUUUCAUGUUUUUGUCCUUCCCCAUGGGCCCAAAAUAGCUGCGCAAUGCAGUUCGAAGAUUUGCAUUGUGGAGCUGCCAGCCCAGACCAGAAUGUCAUAACGUGCUGUAGUUUUGCUAGCUAUGCUAGCUGCUUGGGCUCAAGAAGAGCAUUUCUGAAGUGGUCAAAGUCAGCCACAGGAAAAGAGACGUUUGACUCAGCCCGUCAGCAAUGUGC